UUAAUAAAUAAAACAAACAAACGCACGAGCAGUUUAAGGUCAUGCCAACAACUCCCCCUUCCCAAAACGGUUAAACCUAACCUCCUUCUUCCCCCUUCAUAAACCCCCUCAACCGUUUCAAUAACAACAAAACUCAAAUGGCAGAAACACUUAACAGCGGUCGCAACAGCGGCGGUAGCGGGUGCAAGAUCAAGGGUUCAUGGAGCCCGAACGAGGACGCAACACUCAUCAAAAUGGUGGAACAACACGGGCCCAGAAACUGGUCCCUCAUUAGCUCGUGUAUACCGGGCCGGUCCGGGAAGUCUUGUCGUCUACGUUGGUGUAACCAGCUCAGCCCGGACGUUGAACACCGCCCGUUUACUCGUGAAGAGGAUGAUGUCAUUGUUCGGGCUCAUGCUAUCCAUGGUAACAAGUGGUCUACUAUUUCUAGACUCCUUCAUGGACGCACGGAUAACGCGAUUAAAAACCAUUGGAAUUCAACUCUUCGGCGACGGGGAGUUGCGAAGAAUGGUUCGCCUGGAUUAAACGGGUCAAACGGGCCAAAUGGGUCAAACGGGCCAAACGGGUCAAACGGGCCAAACGGAUAUUUAUUUGAACCCUUAUGCAUCCUGUUAGUAAUCUGAUGUUGUCCACAGCUACAUUAGGCUUGGAGUAUAAUGUCUAAUUCUCAUAAUGCGCAUGUUAAGGACCUCAUAUCAUUUGAUAUGAUUUGUUUCAGUUUGCAAUCGUAUAUGAUGUAAGAACUAACCAUUAAGGGUGAUACCCGUUGAAUUGAUGGUUUCUUUUAGUUA